AUGUCAAAAUACGCUUCUUUAUUCAAAAACAAGCAAGUUGGCGCGUUCAACCUCAAUCACAGAAUCGCGUUAGCACCCUUGACUCGUCUCAGAACCCAAAAGGGCGCUGAUGGAGAUCCAGGCGUUCCAAAAGAUAUCGUACCAACUUAUUAUUCGCAGAGAGCCACAGAAGGUGGUUUGCUCAUCUCCGAAGCGACUUUGAUCGCUAAGGAGACUGGCUCCGCGUUUGCAAAUCUCGAGCCUGGCAUUUGGAGCCAAGAUCAGAUCGAGCAGUGGAAAAAGGUCACUGAAGCUGUCCACAACAAGAACGGUUACAUCUUCUCGCAACUCUGGGCCCUUGGAAGGAUUGCUAACCCUGAGCCUUCACAGACAGUCGGUGCCAAGGUUGUCGGACCAAGUGCCGGACAAUACGACAAUCAUGACGUCGUCGAAAUGUCAAAAGACGAUAUCGCGCGUUACAUUAAUCAUUAUCGCCAAGCUGCACUUAAUGCGGUUCAAAAAUCUGGUUUCGAUGGUGUAGAAGUUCACAUGGCAAAUGGCUACCUCAUCGACCAGUUUAUUCAGCAUAUAUCUAAUCAGCGCACAGAUGAGUACAGAGCUGCAAAUGACUACAAAUUUGCUCUAGAAGUUCUUGAGAAUGUGGUUCAAGUAGUUGGCGCUGACCGCGUUGGUUUGCGUUUGAGCCCCUUCGGUACGUUCCAAGGCAUGCGUGAACGUGGAGAAUUUUCACCACUAUCCACUUUCAAGCCAUUGGUCGAGAAGAUUGUCAACACGUAUGCACACAAGCUUGCUUACAUUCACUUUAUUGAUGGAUCGACGCCUGAGGAUCUUCAGCACGGCGAUAUACUCAAGGACGUCGUCAGAGCCAAGGGGAUCUCUGUGAUUAGCAACCAGAACAAGUCGCUCGAGGAUGCGAAUGAGAUAUCUGAGCGCGCCGAUGAUAUCACUGCGUUUGGUAAAACAUUCAUAGCUAACCCAGAUUUGCCACAGAGGGCUAAACACAACUUGCCACUUAACAAAGCGGAUCCAGAGACAUUCUACACCACCGAAGCUGAAGGCUAUACUACAUAUCCAUUUUACAAGUAG